GCGCGUUUUAACGUUCGUCUCAAUGGACGACAGAAAUUGCGAGUAUAUAGAACUUGGGAGAAAAUUUAAAAUGGAAAAUUUGAAAAAUCAGAUAUUGAUUGUUUCAUGUUUGAACAUAGGCCAGAUUAUAGUUGGCUACAGCGUCGGCUGGUCAGCACCAAUUAUACCUAAAAUGAAGGAUGUCUUGGAUAAUCCAUUGCCAGAACCAAUCACGGAUUUUGAGGCUUCUUGGGUGGGGUCACUUUUGUAUAUUGGUGCUUUGGUAGGUCCAUACGUAACUGGGGUUCUUGCCAAUCUCAUUGGAAGAAAACCAUGCCUGAUUAUUGGUGGUUUUUUGAAUAUCAUCUCUUAUAUCUUGGUGGUGACCACAAAGAAUAUUGCCAUGGUGUAUGCCAUCAGAGUUAUGAGUGGUCUUGGUAUGGGGAUCACUACAGUGGGAAAUCUAGUUUAUAUUGGAGAAAUUGCAUCAACCCAUAUUCGAGGGAUUCUUUUAACUUCGACGUCUAUUAUUGGGAUAUCGGGGACUCUCCUUGUUUAUGCGGUAGCGCCAUAUGUUUCGUAUGUAACUACAGGGUACAUAGCUCUGGCAAUAUCUAUACUGCAUGUGUUUGGGCUAUUUUUCAUACCUGAAUCACCGAUAUAUCAUGCAAUGAAAGAAAAUGAAUUAACUGCUACAAAGACUCUCUGUCUUCUGGGACGUUCCGAUGACGUCAAGAAAAGUAUUGACGCUCUCAAACAGCAAGAAGAGACGACAAAAGUCCAGGAUUGGAUCGAAAUAUUCACAAUAAAAUCAAAUAGAAUGUCCUUAUUUAUAACAUUUACUCUGGGAGCAUUUCAACAAUUGAGCGGUGUGGCUGUUGUACUAUUUUUCGCAACAACAAUUUUUGCUCAAGCCGGUUCAUCUGUUGAACCCCAUGUAGCGACAAUAAUAGUUGGUGUUACAAGAUUAUUGUCAAGUUUAAUUGCACCUACGUUUAUAGAUCGAUCGGGUCGCAAAAUCUUGUUGUUGAUUUCAAUGGCCGCAUGUGCUCUUAGUCUGUCAGUUCUAGGAGUAUACUUCUAUUUGGAUAGAGUGAAUAACGCCGCCGUAAAGACUGUCGGCUGGCUACCCUUAGUUGCUCUGAUAGUCUAUUUCUUCUGCUAUGAAGCAGGUUUCGGAACUAUACCAAAUGCAAUCGUGGGAGAAAUGUUUCGAACCAACGUACGAUCGAAUGGCUCGGCUCUCGCUAUCACCAUGACCUGGUUGGUGGGAUUUGUUCUCACCACCAGUUUCACCACCAUGGUGGACUCCCUCGGCGGCGACGUUACGUUCUGGCUCUUCGGAGGUUCCUGUGUGCUUGCCUUUAUUUUCACUUACUUCUGCCUACCAGAAACAAAAGGAAAAACUCUUAAUGAAAUUCAGGAGAUGCUCAGUUAAAUCGGGAGAUCAAAACUUUUAUAAGUAACAUAAAUAAUUUUUUCUAAGUACGUCCACAACUCAAACUUCCAAAAGUAAAAUUCGAGUUGUACUAAUAACAAGAUGCAAUAAUAAUAAUAGUAUAUAUUAAUAAAACUUGUGUGUGUCACACACAUUUUCUCGAUAGUCUUACUGCCGUUGUUGCUACUGUAUGGAUAUUCCAAAUCUAUAUAAAUACAAUUGAAUCACAAACUUGUUGCUAAGCGCCAAACUCGAAGACGGAUGGACGAAUUAAAGUAAUUUUUGAACCAUUUAUUCCUUGAAAUCUAAGUAAGGUUAUGGAUAGAAGAAUUGAUAAAAUUGUAAAGAAAAACUUAAAAACCAGUGUUAAUUUUACGUUGAAGUUCUAUUUUUUAUUAUAUUAAUGUUUCAAUGUUUACAAUACAUAUUUAGUUUGAAGUGAAGUUCUUCAAUUUUUUGAAGUGAAUGUGUGAAUAAAAUUUAUGAGCGUAGUACCUCAUUUAACUCUUUUUUGGUUAAUUAAGUUAAAUUAGGUACU